AUGCUACCACACACCCUUCUAUACACCCUCUUCAUCGCAACAUCCUCAGCAGCAUUCAUCCCCCCACCCCGCAUCCCCAACCCACCAAAACCCCAAAUCAUCGAACCCAUCGCACCCGCACCAGCAGCACCCAACCCAUACAGGCCAGCCGACCGACCAGACUCUGAAGCGACACCAGGCUUUGACGCACCUGAAAUGACUGGAGGCUUCCAAGCACCUAAACCGACUGGAGGCUUUGAAGUGCCUGAUGUGCCCCUACCUGAUGACGAUACCGCUUCGAAAGUCGCGUCUAGGCCGUAUGGAAAUCCAGCGAAGACUUUGUCGCCCGCACAGGUGGCGGCUUCUCUUGCUGCUUCGAAGUCAACUAUGACUCAACCAACUGCGACUCCUACGACAGGAAUGACGGUGCCGGCUUCGACUGGUGGUGCGGCGAGGAUCGAGGAUGUGGGGAUGGGUAUGAGUUUGGUCGGCUUGGUUGUUGUACCGUUAGCGGCAGUCAUCCUCUGA